AGGAAAGCAUACAUGCUUUGGAAGUCCAGGCAAGAGCAGUGGCCAAUAAGCUAUGAAGAAAAGUUGCAAAAGCUAACUCAAAUGUGUUUUGGUGCAGUUUUAAAUUUAUUCUACUAUGUUCUUUCUACAGAGAGAAAAAAAUUCUGCCAUUUAUCGAAACCCAUACAAAAUGGAGGAGAAGCAUCUGGCAGUCCAGGAGACUUGUGCAAUGGAAUGCAAGCUUGACUGAGCAACCUUGGAAGAGACCAGUAAUAAGCCAUGCAUGAGUUGCUAAGCUGACUGGCAUUGUCACUUCAGAGUUUUCUGUCCUAUGCUACUCCGGGACUGAUGUUUUGGAUGUAUGCUGUGAUGUGAACUUUUCAAAUCUGAAUGUGGAGGCACACCAACAACCAAAAAAACAAGGGCGCUAGUCCUGAUUGUACCAUUAAGUAGCCCAAUGGAGUCCGAGUGAAAAAGAGGUGGAGUAUGUUUGGCUGUUGUGUUUUGUAUAAAAGCAAGAUGAAGGUCGCUUAUGGAUAAUCGGAGAGGCUUCAUACACUUGUAACCGUCAUGCCUUGCUAUCGGCUCCUUUCUGUUGCUGCUAAUUAGAGGUGUUUGCUAUUUUUUUCCCCAAAACACUCCCAUACUCAAUAUAAAGGACAUCUGUCAAGAUUACAAUAUUAAAGUUCAAGCUUCCCCUACACUAGAAAACGAGGAAGUGGAGAAUCUGGCAGUGCACAGGAGUCUCGCUUUCAUGUGUUGCCAUGGAAGACAAAAGUAAUGCAAACAUUAAGGAAGAAGACUGUGAAUGGGAAUGUAUGCAAGAUCAGACCAGUGUUAACAUCACUGAGGAAUAUAAGAUUUGUAAAUGGGGAUCGGUAGCCUCUGACCCAACCCCUGAUACCUCAGACUUGCCAGAGAAUAAAGUUAUAAACUGUGUUAAGGAAGAACAUCUUAAAUCGGAGUCUGUGUCUAAGCAUGUAUGUACAGAUGAAGAACCUGCUGGAACAGGCUUCAUGAAAAGUGAACCUCCUGCCGUCCAGAAUAAUUCAUUCCAGGUGAAGACUGGAUCUUUGGAUUCUGAUAUGGAAAGGAGUGAGAAAGCAACAUGUUCAAGGUAUUCAGGAGAAGAUUUACAAGGAAAUGGUACCUUCUCCACGUCUUCAUUUCCACAGACAUCUCUUCCCUUUAGACCACAGCAAAAUGAAAACUUGAGAUCUGAAUCAGGGGUGUUGUUACUGGUCCCAUUAGAGUAUUAUUCUUUGUCUGUUGCAAAAAUAAGUGUAGACACAGUCGGCACCCAACAGCAGGUGUAUGGCAAAAAUUCAACACCUUUGCAUGUUUACCAAGGGCAGGCAAACCCUUCUGAACAAAAAUCUAAAACUAAACGUAAGUUGAAUCGUACUGGACAGAAGCUGCUCAGCUGUUCAGAGUGUGGUAAACAAUUCUUCAGCAGUAGCAAUCUUAAAACCCACAGAAGAAUUCAUACAGGAGAGAAGCCAUAUUCCUGUUCUGAAUGUGGUAAACGAUUUAUUCAAAUAGGCCAUCUUCGUACCCACACUAAAAUUCACACUGGUGAGAAACCAUAUUGCUGUCCAGAAUGUGGCAAAGGCUUUGUCACUAGAAAUAGGCUUCAGAUCCAUGCAAGAAUUCACACGGGAGAGAAGCCAUAUUGCUGUCCCGAAUGUGGAAAAGCAUUCAUCACCAGAAACCGGCUUCAGAUCCACACAAGAAUUCACACUGGGGAGAAACCAUAUUGGUGCUCCCAUUGUGAAAAACGAUUCUCUGACAAACGUGGCCUGCAGUUACACACAAGGAUUCACACUGGAGAAAAGCCAUAUUGCUGUUCUGAAUGUGGCAAACAGUUCUCCCAAAUAGGCACUCUCCAGACCCAUGUGAGAAUUCAUACUGGAGAGAAGCCUUUUUCCUGUUCUGAAUGUGGGAAACAGUUCUCACAAAUAGGCAAUCUGAGGACCCACAUGAGAAUUCAUACUGGGAAGAAGCCAUUUUGCUGUUCUGUAUGUGGCAAAGAACUUGCUGACAAACGUGGUCUUCAGUUACACACAAGACUUCAUUUUGGAGAGAAGCCAUAUAGCUAUUCUGAUUGCUGGAAAUAAUUUGGGAUCAACUGUAAUCGUCAGGUCCAUAAAAGAAUUCACACUGGGAUCAGUACACCAUGACUAAUAAGAGGUUUGCUUACCUCUUGACUAUAUGAAAGACUAAACCUAAUUAAGAAAUUAACCCCAAGAGAGACAAUUCUCUGAUGAACCUAGUCCUUCACUACAUCCAAGAAUUCACACUGGAGAACAAGGAAGAACAAGAAAAUUGCUAUAUGCAUAUCAACUAACCUUUUAGAAAUGGUACAUUCAGCCCAAGUCUCUCUGUGCAAAAUCUAGAGGUGGCAUAGGCCUGUUGUUGGAUCUGUAGGUAUAGUCUAUUUUAAUUGGACUUCAGGCUUAUCUGAUGUACUUAAGAUCAAGAUAGGUAGGAAGUGGUCAAGCGUGAAGUAAAGUCUAAGUUAACUUUCGUUAUCAAAUUAGCCCAUCAUUAAACGGAUGACCCAGGGUCCCACUAUACAAAGGCAAUGCAGUUCUCUACUAUUUAAAAAAAAAAAAAAAAAAAAAGCCACCUCGGCCCCAGUAGGCAAUUUAGAAAUCAAGAAAGAAUUUUAACUGUUGUGUUGGACAAAGUAUAGGGUGGUCCAGAUCUAAUUAUACAACUUUUAAUGUAAUGCAGGAAAACAAUGCAAGACAAAAGAAUUGUUUGAAAUAUCUUGUAAUAAACGAAUG